AAAAUUUUCUUUGGUUGUACCUUAAUUUAAAGUUAAACAGAAGAGUAUGAUCGAAUAAUAUCUUAAGCAAUAGAAAGUUUACAUUACAUGUCGAGAGAUAACCAAGAAUUGUCUGUGUGCUGUCUAGUAAAAAUCUAAUUCUACCGUUUUAUCAUUGACUCGUACAAGUCAUUUCGUUAUCGUAAUGUUUGUCUCUUUCGGCAUUUAUCAUGUUUUCGUUUAGUUUAUAUAGCAGUCUUGUUGACCGUCAAACUUUGUAUUGCUUAUAAUGUAACAGAAAAAGGUGAUUUUCUUCCGUUCAGUAUAUAAUAAAGUGAGUGUGUCCGCAUAUACAUCUCUCGAGAUGUCGUCUGUCAAGUUGCUAGAAGAGAGAAUUGCUAAUUUAGAGAAACAAGUAUAUGGGCUUGGUAAGAUGAUGAAUAUCGAUGAUCCUGCACCAUCAAACGUUAUUAUCGAUCGACUCACAGACGUCAAUUCAUUAAUCAGCUCAGCAUUAUCAGGCAGAGAAAAACCAAACGCGCUUAUCAAACGUUUGCCAGAGUUAAAUGGCUACUUGGAGCCUACUUGUGAAGAUGUUGAUAUACCCACCAGUGCUAAAGCACAGCUGUUGUUGACAAUGGAGCCAGAGAUUGUAGAGAACUACAAGCUGUUAAACAAAGUACAGGAACUCAUGCCUAUGUUGGAAUCAGAACGUAUCAAAGAUGCGCCUGAAUUAAAUAAUACACUCAACAAACUAUCACUAUUGUAUCUCGAAGCUUACGAAGAUUCCAAAGAGUUGGAUGCUCAUGUACAUGAUCUGCUGUCUAAAUAUAAUGCAGUUAUAAAUAGUAUAUCAGAAUCAUUAAUUAUUUUAGAUAAUGCAGUUACAGCUGCAGAAGUAGCAGCUAAGUCGAAGAAACAGACAGAUGAUUAA